GGGGCUACCCGUCGUGCCAGGGCUGGGCCGCUCAGCGAGAUGGAUGCCAGCAAAGAAGUCCUGAUGGAGAGUCCGCCGGACUACUCUGUGGCCCCCCGGGGCCGGCUCGGGAUCCCCUGCUGCCCUUUCCACCUCAAGCGGCUGCUCAUCAUCGUCGUGGUGGUCGUGCUCAUCGUGGUGGUUGUCCUGGGGGCCCUGCUCAUGGGACUGCACAUGAGCCAGAAGCACACGGAGAUGGUCUUGGAGAUGAGCAUUGGGGGGCCAGGGGCCCAGCAGCGCCUGGCUCUGAGUGGCCACGAAGGCACCGCCACCUUCUCCGUGGGGGCCACGGGCACUGUGGUGUAUGACUACUAUCGGCUCCUCAUUGCGUACCAGCCCUCCCCGGGGGCCACCUGCUACGUCACUAAAAUGGCUCCGGAAAAUAUCCCCAGCCUGGAUGCCAUCACUCGUGAGUUCCAGAGCUACCAGGCCAAACCCUCCAUGCCAGCCGCAAAGGUGGAACAAGAAGAGACCAAGGACGCUAGCCCCACGGCCCUGGCAGAUCGCUCCCUCCUGAGUACCACAGUGAAUGUCCUGUGUGGUGAGGUGCCCGUCUACUACAUCUAGAGGGCA